AAAAGAAACAACAAAUUAGAUAUUGCACACGAAGUGAUCACACUUUCUUUAAGUUUUUUGAGUUAUAAAUGAAAAUUUAAUCAGUGCAAAAAAAUAGUUUAUGGAAAAGUUCAAAAACUUUAUAUGUGCGCGGGCCUUAAUGGCGUAAAUUCAUCCUCUGUCAGACGGUAGUAAUGCGCAAGUACUCUUAUGAGGAGCAUGUAAACAAAUUUUAAGGUUAUCUUUUAAGAUAUUUGUUGAUGAAAAACAACUGUUAAUAUUAAUUUUUAUACUGCAUAAGACAUUGAAAAUUUAUGUAUAUGAUUUUUGUACGGUAUAAAAUAUGAAUCCUUUAACAAACGUAAAAAAUAUAAAAAAGCUCGGAGAACAAGAAUUAUUAACUGAUAGAAAAGUAUCUUGGCAUGAUCAGUAUAAGGACAGUGCUUGGAUUUUUAUUGGUGGUUUACCAUAUGAUUUAACAGAAGGUGACGUCGUAACAAUAUUUUCACAAUAUGGGGAAGUAGUAAAUAUAAACUUAAUUCGAGAUAAAGAUACAGGAAAACAAAAAGGGUAUGGUUUCUUAUGUUAUGAAGAUCAAAGAAGUACCAUACUAGCUGUUGACAAUUUUAAUGGUACCAAGAUUUUAGGUAGAACAAUAAGAGUUGAUCAUGUAGCAAAUUAUAAAGCACCAAAAGAUUCAAAAAAUAUUGAUGAAGAGACAAAACGAUUAAGAAAAGAAGGCUGUGCUCCAAAAAACGUAUAGGUGACAAAACAAAAGUUUUAAUUAAUUAUCACUCAUUAUUUUCUUAAAUAUAAUUUUCAUAUUGUAUAUAAAUUUACAUAAGUAUAUACUUUGAGUCUAUAAAAUUAUUUAAACUUACUUGUUAGGAGAGGUAAGAGUUUCAUUAUUUCAAAUAAAAUAUUUUUCAAUUUU